UUCCGAUUAUUCUGUGAUUUUUUAAAGUUCAAACAUGAUUAAAAUCGUUUUGCUUUUAGUAAGCUGUUUAGCUUUGACUAAUGCGCUUCCCAGGACUAAACGUCAAGCUUACGCGCUUCCGGAUGGAGUGGAGUUACUUAUAGGAAGCGUUAAAACGAGCUUUACGUGUAGCGGUGACGGAUACUUCGCUGACGUAGACAACAAUUGUCAAAUUUUCCACGUUUGCCAGACGGUGGUGAGAGAAGAUGGCAGCCCCGAAACGUAUCAAUGGAGUUUCAUGUGCGGAAAUCAAACCAUAUUCAAUCAAUACAGCUUGACCUGUGCCGAUCCAUACGAAUCCGUACCAUGCGGAAGCGCUAGAGAUUUCUUCUACGUAAAUGGAAACAUAGGAAACGAGAAAUUGCCCUUCUUAACAGACGAUGAUGCAGACAGAGCAGCACGAGUCAUUCCAGGAAGACAAGGGGUUCCUGCAGAACCAGCUCAAUUCCGCCCAGGAUCGGGAGGAAGACGAGGAUUAAGCUGUUUAGCUUUGACUAAUGCGCUUCCCAGGACUAAACGUCAAGCUUACGCGCUUCCGGAUGGAGUGGAGUUACUUAUAGGAAGCGUUAAAACGAGCUUUACGUGUAGCGGUGACGGAUACUUCGCUGACGUAGACAACAAUUGUCAAAUUUUCCACGUUUGCCAGACGGUGGUGAGAGAAGAUGGCAGCCCCGAAACGUAUCAAUGGAGUUUCAUGUGCGGAAAUCAAACCAUAUUCAAUCAAUACAGCUUGACCUGUGCCGAUCCAUACGAAUCCGUACCAUGCGGAAGCGCUAGAGAUUUCUUCUACGUAAAUGGAAACAUAGGAAACGAGAAAUUGCCCUUCUUAACAGACGAUGAUGCAGACAGAGCAGCACGAGUCAUUCCAGGAAGACAAGGGGUUCCUGCAGAACCAGCUCAAUUCCGCCCAGGAUCGGGAGGAAGACGAGGAUAAUUAGGAUAUAAACAACAUCGGGAUUAACGUCCCACUUUAUUUGUAAUGCCAAGUAGCUGCCGAGGUAACCGAAGGGCUCUUUUCUGGGUGGGGUGAUGGAUUUUCUCAUAAUCUCGCCCAAAAUUAGAAGCGAGAGUGAGAAUAAAUGCUUUAUAGACCGCCCAUGUCCAA